AAAAAAUAUUUCUAUUUUAUUUAUGUUCUAUGACCAUUGGACAAAAUGUAGAAAAGCAAAAUUUAUCCAUUGUAAUUUUAGAAGAGCUUCAACAAGAGGACCUAAAUGUGGAGUUUAAUAAUAUUUUUUCCGAAAUUGGUAACGCUGAGCAUAUUUCUUUCAGUGUUAUUUACGUUCAAGUCGAUCGAGAUCAACUUAGUGACAGUUUUGACCGUUUGUGCUCAUUUUUAUCAUCUGGAGUGGUUGUAUUAAUUGAUAUAACUUGGUAUCCAGUAUGGCCUGAAUUGAAUAAUUUUUUGCGCACUACAAAUGUACCAUAUAUUCAUCUAGACGUUACAAUCAAGCCAUUUGCUCGUGCAUUUUUCAAAUUUAUUGAAUUCACCGAUACACAUGAUUGUGCAAUGAUUUUUCAAAAUGAAAAAGAACAAUAUGAAGGUAUUUAUGAGGUCCUUAAUCAAUAUUCCAUUCGUUCCAUAACAUUUGACGGACUUAAUGAGACAACUGCUCAAAGGAUACUAAAGAUGCGGCCAAUGCCGAGAAACUUUGUAGUUUUUGCUCGUCCCCGUGAAAUGUCCAUAUUUUUCGAAAAUGCUCUUAAGUUUAAAGUUAUCGAACGCUUUAAUCGUUGGCGUUUAUUUUAUUUGGACUUUGUUGAUACAACCGCCGUUCAAGAGCUUGUAAUGCAAUAUCCAGAACUUAUUACUUUGACACCAAGUUUGGAUAUGUGCUGUAAAUACAUUUAUUUGGAUGUGAAUGAUAAGAAUUGCUUAUGUGAUGGAAAAAUAACGAUCUUGAACACUUUUAUUCGCGAAGUCAUCAAUAAACUAGUAAUGGUUUUUCGUGAAGAUAAUUUCAGAUCAUCCGUAUUCGAUUGUUCUGUGUUUAUAAACCGAACGUCAGAUUUAAGCACACAAACAAAUCGUUUAGAUUCAAACGAAUUUGAAAAUCGUUUGGUUGAAAAAGUAGCGCAAUCUUCACUGUUAAAAUUUUACAAAAAUUCCUCAUUUGAUAUAGAAUUCUAUUUGAAUAUUAUGGUUUUCGGUCGAGACGGAAAUGAAAUACCAUUUCCCAUUGAUGAAUCUAUUGUUCUCACAGAACUGGCUAUGAUUGAUAAUUCUGCCUUCAGUUCCACGCCGAACGUGUCACUCAAAGCACCACGUCGCUUUUUUCGGAUUGGUGUGGCUGAGGCCAUUCCGUGGUCUUACAUUAAAAUGGAUUCAAAAACUGCGAUGCCACUUCUAGAUGAAUUAGGCAAUUAUCAAUGGGAAGGUUAUUGUAUCGAUUUUGCAAAACGAUUAUCAGAAAAAUUGGAUUUUGAUUAUGUACUAGUUCCUCCGCGUUCUGGUCUAUUUGGCGAUAGAGUUCCGAAUUUAAAUAAAAAGUAUAAUGGAGAAUGGGAUGGAUUGGUUGGAGACUUAAUUACAGGGGAAAUCGAUUUGGCAGUCGCUCCAAUGAAAAUGACGGCUGAACGUGAAGAAGUAAUCGAUUUUGUUGCACCUUAUUUUGAACAAACGGGCAUUCUCAUUGUUAUUCGUAAACCUGUUCGACAAACAUCGCUUUUCAAGUUUAUGACAGUCUUGCGUGUUGAAGUCUGGUUGAGCAUAGUCGGUGCCAUAAUUACAACCUCAAUAAUGCUUUGGAUUUUGGAUAGAUAUUCACCAUACAGCGCCAAAAACAACAAAGACGCGUAUCCCUAUCCAUGUCGUGAAUUUACAUUUAAAGAAAGUUUGUGGUUUUCAAUGACCAGUUUCACACCUCAGGGAGGUGGCGAAGCGCCCAAAUCUCUUUCGUCUCGAACUCUAGUCGCGGCGUAUUGGCUCUUUGUUGUCUUAAUGCUUGCAACCUUCACCGCUAAUCUGGCUGCCUUCUUGACCGUAGAAAGAAUGCAAACUCCUGUCCAAAGUUUGGAUCAAUUGGCAAGACAAAGUCGUAUAAAUUACACCGUGGUUGAAGGAUCUGACACACAUAAAUACUUUAUCAAUAUGAAAUUUGCUGAGGAUACUCUGUAUCGUAUGUGGAAAGAGCUAACUCUGAACAGUACAUCGGACCAAACUCAGUACAGAGUAUGGGAUUAUCCGAUUAAAGAGCAGUACGGACAUAUAUUGCUUGCUAUAAAUUCUUCAAAUCCCGUUUCGAAUGCAUCACAAGGAUUUCAAAAAGUCAGGGAACAUAUUAAUGCCGAUUAUGCAUUCAUUCAUGAUUCAUCAGAAAUCAAGUAUGAAAUAUCGAAAAGUUGUGAAUUGAUUGAAGUGGGAGAAGUUUUUGCAGAACAACCAUACGCAUUGGCUAUUCAACAAGGGAGCCAGUUACAGGAUGAAUUAAGUCGGGCAAUAUUAGAACUUCAGAAGGACCGAUUCUUUGAGUCAUUGACAGCAAAGUACUGGAAUCACUCGUCCAAAGCUUCUGAAUGUCCAAACAACGAUGAAAGUGAGGGUAUUACACUUGAAUCUUUGGGAGGCGUUUUUAUUGCAACGCUUUUUGGACUCUUACUGGCCAUGAUAACUUUAGUGAUUGAAGUGAUUUACUAUAGAAGACGCGAUGCCCGAGAGAAUGCCGUUCAACCAGUUACUCCACCUCCGUCUUAUGAUGAACAAAACCUGAAAAGAUCCUCAAAAAAAUUUGGAAGAAAUAAUAAUGAAAGCAUGGUUACACUUGGAGGUGAAAAAUUUAUACCAGCUUCUCUUUCACAGCGUAUUCCGUACAUUCCCACUGCAUACUCACGACGAUCAGCUGAGGAAAAUGAGUACAUUGAAUAAUCACAUCCACAUGUAUUUUAACAUAGUUCAAAUCAUACAUGGACACGGUCGGAAAGUUGCAGGGGUGCUUAUAAAACGAUUUAAAGAAUCCGAUCUUAUACUCCCUGUGCACAUGUAUGAUUCAAAUAUACGAUACUUCACUUCUCUACACUAUGAAUAUAUCAGUUAUUUUAAAAAAAAUCAAUUUUAAU